AUGUCGUGGCAGCACAAUCGCAUACGCUUUCAUCGGCAGACCUCGGUCCUCGCCUGUGAGGAUGCCGUUGCCAAGGAUGGCAAGUUACGCUCAGACCUUCGCCCUUACCAGAGCCUGUGGGCAGCGCUAGGGACGUCAAAGGGCACAUCCAAAGUGCAAGAGAUGCUAGAGGUUGUGGAUGCUGCUGUACAACACGAGGCCGCCCUAGCUCAUCGCUUCCCGGUGCAAAGAGGGGAAGCCUUGCUACUCGAUAACUAUCGCAUGCUGCAUGGCCGGGAGGGCUACGCUGGCGAGACGGAGCGGAAGCUGUGGCGAGUCUGGUUUUGGACCAAUGAGAGCAGCGGUAUCCCAGAAGGCAUGCCUGAGCUUGGGUCUGUGCUGGAUGCGGAAGAGCUUGCUGCGCAAUAA